AUGUGGUGGGUCCCAGUAAAAAAGUCCAUCGCCCGCAUCUGGAUCCCGCACCACAUCUCGCUCCCCGCCGCCGCCGUUCGCUCCCCGCCCUCCGCCCCCGUCCUCCGCCCUCCGCCCUCCGCCCCAUCCUCUGUCCCCGCCCUCCGCCCCCGUCCUCCACCCCCGCCCUCCGCCCCCGUCCUCCGCCCCCGCCCUCCGCCCCCGUCCUCCGCCCUCCGCCCCGUCCUCUGCCCUCCGCCCCUGCCUCUGCCCCUCCGCCCCUCCCGUUCCCGUCCGACACCGCCGCCCCAGGCGCGCACUCCGGCGGCCGCCGCACCGGUCGUCCCACCUGCCAUGGAUGGCGACGGCUUCGAAGGGUGGGGUUCGCAGCCCUCUGCAAGCGGCCCAGCUACCCACGCCAAUCUCGACCUCAACUCGCAAGCUUCGCCGUCGGAAGGGUUCCCAGGGCUUGGGUUGUACGGAGCUUUCCUCCAGAGCGACGACGAGCAGCUCCUCCCUGGGCGCGGCAGGGGCUCCGGGCUCCCUCACUAUCGCCCACCACGUGCUGGAGCAGGAGAUGGAUGGGCGAAUCCGUCGCCACCCUUCGUUCGGCAACUGAACUUUGGCGGCUCCUCGUCAGCGGCAGCCGGUCGCGGAGGAGGAAAUGGUGGCGUGUUCCUCAGCGGGUCGUCCAUGGGGGCAGGCGGCGGCUCCUCGUCAGCGGGUGCCGGUCGCGGAGCAGGCGGCGUCGUUCGGCAGGGAGCCAACUCGGCCGCCGCGGCACCCGGCCGCCGUAACCAGCGCACCGGCACGACGAGCCGUGGCAGUGGUGGCGGCUAUCGCGUACCGCCUCCCCGGGCACCGCGGAGUGCCCUCCGUGGGCAAGCAUCCGGCUCCGGCGCUCCCUUCGACAAUGGUGAUGAAGAGUUGGAGGACGAUGUGGAGGAGUUAGCGAGCUCCGGAGGGUUGGGGAGGAAACCAGAUGGAACCAUUGAUGCCGACUCUGAGUUCUGGAUAACACACACAGAGAAGAAACCAUACCUACGGAAGCUACAGUGGGGUCCUCCAGCAAACGAGGAGUUGCUUGAUCAACUGUUCAGAGGUUACACUGUGGAUGGAAGCACAGCCUUUGUGCCUGGAGAUGAUUACGGUCAGAAUCAAGGGCAAGAUUUAGGUGCAGGAGAGGAAGAGGAGGAGUUUCAAGGAACACCUACAAGCAACCAGAGGAGCCAGAGAUGCAAGAGGUCAACAAGCACUUCGAGCACUUUGACCAGUCCAUUGAAGAAGAGCAAGAGCCCAAUGGUGAAGAUUGUGAAGGACAUAGCUAGUACCUUCAAGGAGUCUGUCGCAGCCAACACUAAGCAAAUGCAGAAACGUGCAAAUGAGAAGGCUGCAUUUUCUGUGAAGAGGUGUCAGGAGCUAGCAUUUGAGUGUGGCAUUGAGCAAACAAAAUUGACUCUGUCUAUGCUCUGUCCAAGAUGUUCGAAACAGAGUAUCAAAGGGAGUUCUUCUGUGGCCUAUUAA